CCAACCACUGACAGCACGCUUUUUCCCAGAAGGCAUUCUUCAUAUUGUACACAAUCAUCAUGGCGGCGCAGGAUGGAAAUGAAGUGGGAAUGGAAACUGAAGUCAACCUAAAAGAAUCAGACGCAUUGUGUGAUGAUGCUAGUGCAGUAGAUGCAGCAGAGAUUGACCAAGCAUCCGUCACUGAUGGUGAAAACUCCUCACCUCAGGCCUCUGCUCUCAGCAAUGGAGAAGAUAGUGAAGAAGGGCAGGAGAUGGUUGAACUGAAAAUUAUUUGGAACAAGAACAAAUAUGAUCUUAAAAUACCUUUAGAUGGAACUGGAGCUAAACUGAAAGAGAAAAUUCACACACUCACUGGUCUUCCACCUGCUAUGCAGAAAGUGAUGUACAAAGGACUGCUACCAGAGGACAAGACGCUUCGUGAAAUUAAAGUUACAAAUGGUGCAAAAAUAAUGGUGGUUGGAUCUACAAUAAAUGAUGUACUGGCUGUAAAUACACCGAAAGAAGUUAUUCAACAAGAAGUUAAAGCUGAGGAAAACAAAAAAGAGCCUUUGUGUAGACAAAAGCAACACAGAAAAGUGUUAGACAAAGGCAAACCUGAAGACAUAAUGCCAUCAAUAAAAGGAGCAAAGGAGCGCUUACCAACAGUGCCUUUAUCAGGAAUGUAUAACAAAUCUGGUGGAAAAGUGCGGCUCACUUUCAAACUGGAACAAGAUCAACUAUGGAUUGGAACAAAGGAAAGAACAGAAAAAAUCCCAAUGGGUUCCAUCAAAAAUGUUGUGACUGAGCCAAUAGAAGGUCAUGAGGACUACCACAUGAUGGCAUUUCAACUGGGUCCAACAGAAGCCUCUCAAUAUUGGGUUUACUGGGUGCCUGCACAGUAUGUUGAUGCAAUCAAAGACACAGUCCUAGGAAAGUGGCAGUAUUUUUAAUGUGCCUCCCCUAUUGACACUGAAGAACUGGGAUUCUGAGCAAAACAACAAAACCAUUAACUGGAGCCUGCAUAAUGACCUGAAGAACUUUUUAAGCAUAAGAAAAACCAACUGAAGGAAUUCUGGUGGACAACAUUUUUUCUUUCUUUUUGUUUCUUUUGGAUUUAAAUGCACUAAAUUGCAGAAUCCCAUUUUUUCAACCUGUUUCACCUCUCAUUUUUUAGCAACCCCAAGGAUAAACAAAGAAUUGUACAGAACUUGCAAAAACAUGUCUCCUAGAUAUUCUGAAAGAAAUAAAAAAAUUAUUUAAGGAAAGCAGUUGAUGCACCAGGGAGAUUUUAUUUGGUGUACUAUAAUAUUGAAUCAACCCAAAGUCCAGCUGAAACAGCUCAUCAUAUCAGGGGUAAUUUUACAUUUUUUACUUUCAUUGUUUACCGAUAGGAAAAGUUUUCCUUUGUGAACAGUAAAUGUUAAAUACAGGUUAAGGGUCAUUUCAGUCCAGUACUAUAAAAUAGCUUGAUAUAAGCCAUUUUAAAUGCAAUAGAUAUUCUAAGACCACUGCUCAAGUGCUUAUUUCAGUAGUGAAGUGAAGGGCUUGUUAAUGAUUGGUGUACUUGUACAGGAGGCAAAUAAAAAAUGGCAAAAACAUACCUUUUACAAGUAAUUCAGAAUUGUAAUUUCAAUCUUCUAAAGUGAUACCUGCAUGUAUUAGUGAUAAAGAAUAAACAGCAUCCAGAAGAGAGCCAUACAGUGCAUCUGGGGCAGUGAGCAAGAAGCAAUUGGGUUGUCUGGGUUCACAGACACCUGAGAGAAAUAAGAAUAUUGAAAGGGGGGUGGGGUGAAAUGACCACAGAGCUCUGUUGAAACUCGCUUAAUCCGUCCAGAAAGCUGAUGAUUCAAUAUGUUUUUUGUUUUGCGUAGUUUUAAAUGAAGCUUUUCUGAAAGCAGCUCCAUAUCUAUGUGUUUGAAAUAUGUCUGGCCCUUCCAUUAUUUUGCUUACCCUCUGUGCAAAAAUGGAUGCUGUUAUGCAUCACUCAAAGACUUUGUUGCCAAUAGUACCUUUUCUGUCCCUCUGCACUUUUAAAAGCAACCUGUAACAUUAAGAUGUGUCGCUCUGACAUUAUGAUGUAAAGAGCAAAGACCUCCCCUUGGCUAACAACCUCCUGAAAUUGAGUCUUAAAGGAAUGGUUGUUAAUCUAUUUCAGGACUACAUCCACUUCCACAGUGGAUUGUCUUGGAACACUGACACUGUUCUCAUUCUCUGAUUGUGUUAUACAGCCAGGUCACCGGCAUGCAUGUUAUGUUUAUUAUGUCAAUCAUGGUGCUAACUAGUAAUAAUGAAUUUAUUUCAAGGACAUUUAAGUGUGUGCAAAUCAGCAAAGAACUCCUGUUGGAUUGUAGUUAAACUGGUAAUAUGGGAGAGAUGAUUAAUGUUAAUCACUUCGGAAACUUCAUUAUUCUGUUUUGACACCAAGAUGUGCUACUGUAUUUGACAGAUUAGAUAAAUAAAUGCUGUCUGACUGGUAAUUGAUUAUAUUAUGUAAAUAAAAGAAAUAAGCUAAACUUGA